AUGUACCAAUGCGCGACCUCCGCCGACUUUCAGCUGGAUGAAGCGGAAAUCGCGCGGCAAAAUCAGAUUACACAACAAAUAUUUGCCAAGUACUUAGAGCGACGACUUUUCCCACAUCGCAGCACAAAUGAACGCAUACCCACCAUUUCGGAAAUACUACCCAAACCCUCCUCAUCCACAACGCAACGCCCACGACCGCGUGGCUUCUCCUCCGCUGAAGCUUUCCGUAGUUUCCGACGUGGCGGUCCUACUGCGAAAACAUCCGGACGCAAGCGAUAUGGCAGCGGCGGGCAAAAACAAAACCAACGACAAAGAGGUGGUGGCAAUGGUGCUCAUCGUCAACAAUUAGUUGAAGCGCCUGAGCCCGAACCUGAGGAACAAGAUACAGAACGAUCAGUACAAAAGCCCGACUAUUAUACGGACAUCAAUGCCGACGACGUCGAUGAAGUAGUGGCCGACGAUGGUCAAGAAUCAUUGCAAAGUGUCGAAUCGGAACAACAUGAUCAGUACUAUAGCGAUGUGUUCAAUCGCGAUCCCAGCGAAAAUGAGAUUGACAGCGAUUGUCCGAACUGUGUGGACGAGUCUCAGUACACGAACAAAUGGACAAUGCCGCUGCUGAAACUGGGCGAGAAGCGUUACUACCUCGGCAUCUUCUUCAAGGCGAAUUGGUUCAAAGCGUCUCAAUAUUGCCGAUACCAUGGCAUGCAUUUAGCGAGUAUUGCAUCACAAGAAGAGAAUGACAGACUGGAAAAACAUAUCCGCGACUUUGGUUUCGGUCACGAACACUUCUGGACUUCUGGCACUGACUUGGCCGAUGAGGGCAUCUUCUUUUGGAUGGCCAACGGUAGACCCAUAACAUUCACGAAUUGGAAUGCCGGCGAACCGAAUAAUUUCCGUUACGAGAAUGGCGAGGAGGAGAAUUGCUUGGAGUUGUGGAAUCGCGAUGGCAAGGGGCUGAAAUGGAACGAUUCACCGUGCAGUUUCGAGACGUAUUUUGUGUGCGAAGUACAAGCGAAUUAACGACAAGGGUGUUGAGUGAGUGGCGCACAAAAACAAAAAAAAAAAAAACGUUAAAAUGACAACAGUGAAAUGGAAAAUAUUAAGCAAAAAAUAGCGAACUGAAGAGGAAAAUUUAUGUUUUUGUGUUUAGUUUUUUUUUUUUUUAUUUGUUUUCGGCUAACGCAAACGUCGUACUGUGUUCUAUUUUGGAAAAAUGGAACAAAAUCAAAUGUUUCGGGAAUGAGCAGAGAGGCAGCGUAAUAAAUGUAACCUUUUUUAGAUGGAGAAUUCAGAAAAAUUUGCUCGUUGGAUUAAAAAAUUACCAUGACCUUCAAAGAUUAAGGACUUAAAUUUUCGUGUUUUUUUAGCGGAAUCUCGCAAUGAACCUUUUGAAAAAUUUUAAAUACAUAGUUUUGUUUUUCUUUCGUCAAGCAGUCUAUUUCCAUAGUCGCAAGUACCGAGCAGCGCGUUUUUAGAUUUUUUAAAAACAUCACUACAAGCUAUUUUUGGGUAAAAGGAUACAAAGGGAUUCAAAAAUUUACUUUCAUUGAGUGAAACACUUAAUUAACUUGAGCUCAAAAUCGACCCUCAAAGAUAAACUUUUUGAAUGACCCAAAAUAGCAUUUAAUGUACUUUUUAAAAAAAAUUUUAAAAGAAAAAAUUAGUAAAAAGUAAAAAAUUAAAUUAAAUUAAAUUAAAAAAAUUGUAAAAUUUUUUUUUAAAAAUUAGGAAAAAGUUCAUUGCAUGCUGGUUUCGGAUCAAAGAAAAGUAGAAAUUGAAAACCUUCCAUUUUUGAAGGUGAUUUUAAAAAUCAAGGCAAUUCUUUUAUCUAACGCGAUUAUUUUUCCCGAAUUGCCCAUCUCAAAAGCUUUAAAUACCGUUUUAAUUUUUCGCCAUCUCUUCGGGUCCUCGCGAUAUUAGAUUUUGUCCCUUUUUUUCAAAACCUGGCCAUAGUGCGCCGCCACAUAAAUAUUAAUUUUAUUGGAAAGUUUCGUUCCCUCAUAAGCCACGGACGGUAUUUUAUUGGUGAUUAGGCGCACUUGCAGCACGCACGUGAACGUUAAGUACGUACUCUAUUCUAAGCAAUGCGCAAUAAAUCACAUCAAUCACAGGAGAAGGCAAUAUUUUUUUUUAUUUCUUUUAGUAUAAUUUUUUUUUUUUUUUUUGUUUCAUAUUUCUUUAAGCGUGAAAUUUCCAUUUUUCCCUAAUUUAUGGCAAUUAUCUGCGCGCAAAUUUGCUUGCCGGCACGAAAGUUCUGUAUCGUCGCGCAAUCAGCCGUACGCCACUCCAAAACGUGGAUUUUCUUAUUGCACAUUACGUAUACGCACCGGUGGCGCACGACCGAUGACGUGACGCUGACACGCAUGUGUGUGCGUGCCGGAGCAUAGAUAUCGUGUUCGUCGUAGCAAGUAGAAGGCAUACGUAGAUUUAUGAAUAUUUAAAUAGGUGUUAGAGUGGUGAAGCAGACAUAAUUUUCAUCGCUAUGAAAUGAGAAAAAAAAGAAGAAAAAGAAAAACGUUUGUUACUCAUACGACCCGUACACCCUCGAUAAAUUGUCAUGCGUAAGCGUAACUUGUAUUAGCUCUCGAAAAAAAAUAAAA